GGGAUGAGUGAUUUCGUGGUGACGCUACUGCGGGGCUCUUAGAAGCUUUUCGAGAGACCCGAGUGGAUGGAGGGGCAUAUUUUAAGCUGCAAGUGUUCUCUAGAGUAUUUUUUUUUUGCGGUAGGACCCCGCCUAAGGUGGGCAGGUGGGCGGGUGCAUGGGUUUGGAUUUGUACCUAUGAGAGAUCCCCCCGUCGUCCGUUUUUGUUCCGUUUGACAUUGUUAAAGCUUCUCUUCCUCCCGCGUUAUUUUCUAUACCUCCUAUUCCAUAUCUAAUAUAUUUCCACCUACCACCUCGAAUAUCCGCUUGAGAACAUAUUACACUAUUACCGAGUUGAUCAUUAGCUAUUUAUCUCGUUGUCCAGCAUCAUGGCGCGCAAGUUCUUCGUUGGCGGCAACUUCAAGAUGAACGGGACUAUCUCGUCCGUCAAGGAGAUUGUCGAGAACCUGAACAAAGCCCAGUUGGAUCCCAACACCGAAACCGUCAUAGCUCCACCUGCCCUCUACCUCCUCCUCGUCCGUGAGCACGCCAAAAAGGAGAUCGGUGUUGCUGCACAAAAUGUCUUCGACAAGCCCAACGGUGCUUUCACCGGAGAGAUCUCGGCCUCUCAGCUUAAGGACAGUGGCAUUGAUUGGGUCAUCCUUGGUCACUCCGAACGACGGACUAUUCUAGCUGAGAGCGACGAGACCGUGGCUUCGAAGACCAAAUUCGCCACCGAGAACGGCGUCAGUGUCAUCUGGUGCUGUGGAGAGUCCCUAGAGCAGCGAGAGGCCGGCAAGACCCUCGAAGUUAUUGCUACCCAGCUUGCAGCUCUCAAAGCCCAGGUCUCGGAUUGGAGCAAGAUUGUCGUUGCCUACGAGCCCAUCUGGGCUAUUGGUACCGGCAAGGUAGCUACUACACAACAGGCCCAGGAGGUGCACGCUUCUAUCCGCGCUUGGUUGGCCAAGGAAGUGAGCCAAACUGUCGCGGACGAGACGAGAAUUCUAUAUGGUGGCAGUGUUAGCGAAAAGAACUGCAAAGACCUCAGCAAGGAGAAGGACAUUGACGGCUUCCUCGUUGGUGGGGCUAGUCUUAAGCCGGCCUUCGUGGACAUCAUCAACAGCAACUUAUCGUGAGCGAGAAGGGCUUCGCGUGGCUAGCAAGAUGUCGGUUUUAAUUAGAGGGCGAUAGAGUAUGGAAAUUUGGGCUCCUCGUAGCACGAUGCGUAAAAGCAGCGGCGUUUCCCUUGUUUGCCAUCGUAAUAU